AGGCUCGCGCAGCCACUCCUCCCUGUUUCGGCCUCCUGCCGGCAGCCCCUACGGAGCUCGGCUGGCACCGGCGACGAACUGGGAGCCGGCGCAGAGCGCGGGCGCGCGCGUUUGUUUGCAGGCACUACAGCUUUGCACGUGCGCAGAGGCCCUCGAAUUCUUAGGAGUGGCCGCCUGGCCGGCCGGCAGACAGAUGUCAGCACAGAUGCUCGGCACGGCGCCGGGACAGCCCGCCGCUUGCAGAAGCGCUUAAGCGCCCGCGUGGCCCCCUGCAGCCGUCGCUCGCCGGUCGGCCCGCCUCCAUGACCAUCAGCGCUCUCCGUCCGGGGGGCGCCCCCCGCCGCCAGCUGCCGUGCCUCGCCAAGAUGGAACGCGUCGUGGUCGGCAUGCAAGACCCGGAUCUGGGCGUCCCGGUGCGGAAUCAGCGGCUGCUGCUCAGCAUUAUUCCGCACGCCGUGACUGGGAAUGACAUUGUGGAGUGGCUCAUCCAGAAAUACAACAUCUGGGAGGAAGAAUCCUUGCAUCUGGGAAACCUGCUUGUGAAGCAUGGCUACAUCUAUUCUCUGAAGGAUCCUCACACUCUGCUCUUGCGAAGGGAUGAGACUCCCUACAGGUUUCAGACCCCCUAUUUCUGGAUGAGCACCCAGUGGCUGGCCACUGACCUUGAUUAUGCCAUCUAUUUGGCAAAGAGGAAUAUCCGCAAGCAAGGUGAACUCCGCGAGCUUGAGAAGGAGGAUUAUAGGCAAUUGUGCAAGAGGAUCAAUCACAUUUGGGACUUCGUGGUGAUGCAGGCUCGGGAGCAGCUCCGGGCAGCUAAACAGCGAAGGAGGGCUGACCGGAUUGUCAUUGAGUGCCAAGAACAGGCCUAUUGGCUUGUCAACAGACCUUCGGGGGGAGUCUUGGAUGUGAGGGGUCAGAGGCCAGAGCUAAAGAGCCACUCCCUCACGCCUACGCAGCUGAACAUGGACUACUACAAACAGGAGAUCCGUUAUUACUGUGCUGCCCUGGGCAGGAUGCGUGUCAAGUCCUCCCUUUGCCUGCAAGGGUAUCUCAAGUUCAAUGAGCAGUAUAUGUCCCACGACCCCAUCAUCUCUGGCUGCCUCCCAAGCAAUCCCUGGAUCACUGAUGACAUCACAUACUGGGCCAUGAAUGCUCCCCGGGUCAAAAUUCCCACCAAGCUGCGGGUGGAGCGUUGGAGCUUCGGCUUCAGUGAGCUGAUGGGUGACAUCUUGGGCCGAGAGCAACUCCUGGAGUUCCUCAAGACAGAGUUCAGUGCUGAGAACCUUAUGUUUUGGGAGGCUUGUGAAGAGUUACGCCUGGGGGAAGAGGCCCAAAUUGCAGAAGCUGUGGACUCCAUCUAUCAGGAGUUUCUAGCACCCAGUGCCACCCGCUGGGUGAACCUUGAUAGCAAGACUAUGGAGCAUACCUUGAAGGGCAUCAAGACCCCUCACCGCUAUGUAAUGGACGAUGCCGAGAUGCACAUCUACAUGCUGAUGAAAAAGGACUCCUACCCACGCUUUCUGAAGUCCGAGCUUUACAAGAAGCUGCUUGCUGAGGCCCUUGUGCCACAGGAGAUCAAGAAGCGGGCAUUCCCAUUUGUGAGGAAGCAGCCACGACACUCCAGCACGAGCCCUGCCUGCCCGCCCCCUCCUGGGCCCCAGGAAUUGAGACCCGAAGAGGAGAGUCAGGCGGGACCCCAGGAGCAAGGCUAAAGGGAACCCUCCCCCUCCUGCAAAGUACUUGUCCCCUGGAUACUGCAGGCCUCUUGCCCCAACCCCAGCAGGCAUCAAGAUGUAGGCCUCUCUCUGACUCAGCUGGACAAAAGGCUGCUUCUAGCUACUCUUCACCCUUUACUGGCUUAUCUUUCAGUGCAGCCAAGCCUCUGCCUCUUUGAACACGGCUGGCAGCAUUCCUGCCUCUUUCAUGGACUAUCCCAUUCACAAUAAAGUGCCCUUGUUGA